UUGGGUAACCAUAGAGAGAGGGAGCGAGAGACUGUUCUUAGGUUUCUGAAUCUGAGCCACAAGGUUAGGUUAUGUUUCUGACUGAGAUAAUACCUAUGGAAAAGCAGACAGAGUUCUGGUUCAGUGAGGGAGAAGAUAAAUAUUCCGGAAGUCUCCACUCUGAAAUCAACCAGGACAGGACACUCUAGAACAGCAGAACCAGCCAACCAGUGCAGGAACAGCCUGUUCUACAGACAGGUCAGAACAGUACAGGACACUCUAGAACAUUCUAGAACAGAACAGGGCAUUUUAGAACAGGACAGGACACUCUAGAAGAGUACAGGACAUUCUAGAACUGGACAGAACACUCCAGAGGAUGAGGAACCUCCUGACCACCCAGAACCAGAACUGUUACCGGGAGCAGAUAGCGAAGGAGUGCUACACCCGGCUGGCCUGGAAGAGCCGCUACGGACAAGACUACCCCACCAGCUUCGUCUCCCGCAGGGCCAAGGAGCAGCUGGGGCUGGGUCUGAGGCUCCCUAAGCUCCCCCUGACCACCACCCCCACCACUAAGACUAUCCUGCCUCCUAUGUUAUCUACCCUGGAGAGGAGGAGAGAGGCUGUAGUGCCCAUGGACAGGUCCCUGAGCGAGGCUCCCCUGAUGAGAGCAGUGACGCCCCAGACCAAGGACUCUCUCUACCAGGGUUUUUCCAAAGAGGGGAGGGCCGCAGCCUCUACCUCCACACACGCACCCAGAAAGGCCCAGAGGAGAAGUUUGACUACCCUCUACUGUCUUCCUGGGACUACGGAUGGAGACUGGGUGACUAUGAAAGAGACUACAGGUCUCCAGCCAAUGGAAGAUCAGGAGUCGUGAGUAACACUUUCUAUGCCAGGAAUGGAAUAUUCAAUUUCCCCUCUGAAACGGAUCGCCUUGGAUGACGAGCAGAAGGCUUCAUUCUCCAGCUGGUUUUAUGCUUCAUUAUUACAAUUCCCAUGAUAUUGAUGAAGAACUACUUUCGUUCGUUUUUACUGUAUGAGCAUGCUAUAAUUUGAUUUAUACCAAAUAUAUUAUCUUCUAUAUGAUAUACAGAUGUAUUGUUAGCUAUAAAUAAUGUUCAUAUGCAAUUCUUAUAAAACAAACUGUUACAACUG